UUGAUUCUUACAAUCUAAACACCAAAAAUGUUCAGCAAAAUCGUAGCUUUCGGCGCCCUCUUGGCUGCUGCCAACGCAGGUCUUUUGGGACAUGGCCACGCUGUGUCUUCUCAGAGCAUCGUCCGUCACGACGAGGCUCAUGCCGCUCCUCUGCACUACGCAGCUGCUCCCGUAGCGCACUACGCAGCUCCCGUCGUAGCUCACUACGCUGCCGCCCCCGUAGCCCACUACUCUGCCCCCGUAGCCCACUACGACGGCCACGACACUUACGCUCACCCCAAAUACGACUACGCUUACUCCGUGGCUGACCCCCACACCGGUGACCACAAGUCCCAGCACGAGAGCCGCGACGGUGAUGCCGUGCACGGAUACUACUCCCUGGUGCAGCCUGACGGCUCCGUCCGCAAGGUCGAGUACACCGCUGACGACCACCACGGUUUCAACGCUGUCGUACACAACUCCGCCCCUGCCGUACACCCCGCCCCCGCCCCCGUCCAUGGCUACCAUCAUUACUGA